AUGGCGAGUCAGCGAAAACACGAAGAUCUGUUCUCGUCAUUUUUAAGCCCGAGGACUUGGCUAAAGCUGUUGGAGGUCAGCGUGUUAUGUGAAGGCAGGGGGUGUUCAAACAAGGAGUUGCAACAAUCUCAAAGUCAAAGUCAAACAACUGCAAAUGCAGCUAAAGCAACUUUUGAAACCUGUACUUCAUCGGCAGCUAUUAGUUAUCCUGAUGUGGAAAGCAGCUUAAAUUCGUGUGGAGAUCAAACAGGUGAAGUUAAAGAACUUGUAAGUAUUCGAGGUUUUGAACUCGAAAAUGCGAAGUUAAAGGCUGAAAUAGAGGUAUUAAAACGCCAGUUGAAUCUUAAAGAUUCCCGCCUUUUUCAACCACGCAAUUUUACUACCGACGAGGACAUUGCCUUUUAUACUGGAUUUCCUAACUUAGCAACAUUUAAUGCUGUGUUUGAAUUUUUAAAUACUGGAUCGAAAGGAGAAAACAUCAGGUACUGUUCAUCAAAAGAAAGAACUGUCCAAAAGGAGUUUUACGAUGGUGGAAACGAGGAACCAGAGGGAUGUACUAGCAUAGGUAGACGAAGAAGCUUAGAACCCAGAGAGGAGUUCUUCCUUGUUCUGUGCAGACUGAGAAGAGGAUUUUCAGAAAAACAUCUGGCUCACUUGUUUGGUAUUUCACAAUCGACAGUAAGCAGAACAUUCCUUUCUUGGAUUAAUUAUAUGUAUUUAAAAUUUGGUCAAGUAUCUAUAUGGCCUAAUAGGGAGGUCAUAAGAGCUACAAUGCAUGACAGCUUUAAAGAGAAGUACUCUUCCACCCGUGUAAUAAUCGAUUGUACGGAAAUAAGAUGCCAAAUGCCUUCCAGCCUUCUGUUGAAUUCCAAACUGUUCAGCUCCUAUAAGAACCAUGUAACUCUAAAAGGCUUAGUUGGAAUUGCUCCCAGUGGAGCUAUAACUUUUAUCAGUCAGCUAUAUAGUGGAAGCAUUUCCGAUCGUGAAAUUGUUGAACGAAGUGGUUUCCUGAAGUUGAAGUUUGACAAUGGUGACACCGUGAUGGCCGAUAAAGGUUUUACAAUUGAAGACCUACUCCCACUGGGUGUAACCCUAAACAUUCCCCCCUUUUUAGGUUCCAAUAGCCAAAUGACAGCACAAGAUGUUAUCAAGACUCAAGAAAUUGCUUCUGUUAGAAUACAUGUUGAACGGGCUAUCAACAAAAUCAAGAAUUUUCACUUAUGGGAUAGUGUUGUACCCCUCAGUUUGUUUGGGGUAGUAAACCAAAUGUGGAGUGUCUGUGCCUUUUUAUGUAACAUUCAGGACCCUCUCAUUUCCACUUAACACUGAGUUAGACAGAGCUCUGAGGUACACUACAGAAUUUCAGUCAAUUUAAUAAAUGUAAACUUGAUGAUAUCUCUCAUGUUAACUAUUUUCUAAACCAACUAAAACUAAGGAUGUGAUUCGCUUGCUUUCAGUCCCAAAUACUUUAAGAUGUAAGUCUUACAUGUAGUUCCAAAGAUCUUAAAAUCAAAUAAUAAAGAGGUACUAAACUUACGAAAGCUUUAUCCUCAAAGCUAUCUUAUUAUGCAGACCAUAUUGGUUUAAACAUAUCCAGUUAGGUAUGAGACACAAUUCUCUUUACUCAUGACAAGAUUAGAUUGUGGUAGU